AUGUACAUUCAGUGUGUCCGGGCAGACAAGAAUGGCCAACAUAUCCUCGGCUUGAUCGAAGAUUACAACUGUCUCCGGAAGCAAAUCACAGAAGGGCGGAAGCGACUGGGUAAACUGGAGCUUCUCCUGAAAGAGGGAGAAGGUCUGGAUUCUGCAGUGACAGUUCCUCUGAGCAGUUUGCCUGCCACCUUCAAGGCGGUCCAACAGAACCUGGAAGAAGCUGCCCGCCUCUUGAACCUCCCCUGGAGGGUCUCCUUGCCAAUGAAAGUGGUCCAUGCUGCUGCUUACUCGCUUCAGGAUGAAAGUCUGAAGUCCGAGGUCUACAAGCUCCGUCGGAAAGUGGCCAAACAGGAGAAGAAGCUCUACAGUACGGCCAGGCGCUUGUAUUCCACCAACCAACUCAAGGAAAACAUGGAGAGGGUCAUCAUAGAUCAGUUGGCAUUAACACACAAUGUUUUUAAAAAGGCCAGAGGAAACCUUGAAGUUCAGCAAUCAGACAACAAAGCCACCCCUUCCGGCCUCAUCAAGAAGAGAGUUUAAGCGAAGGUUUCCGGGGGGCCUAGAAUAAAGACC